CCUCCCCAGGUGCAGCAUCCAUCGAAGGCGGGUCCAUCUCCAGCACCAGAAUCUCCAACCCGUGACCAUUGAGCGUCGGCGAUGAAACAUGCAACUCCUCCACCAGCCUAUUAUUCUGCGCAAGCUCAUCCGCUCCACUGUCGAUCCUCAGAAGCAGAGGCCUGCCACUCGGUCCGUCCCUCGUCAACCUUCGUUCCCAUUCCUCCUCGUCCUUCAGCGGGUCGGCGACAACCAGGCGCAGGAGUUCCUUGGCCUUCUUCAGCGAAGCCCCUCCAUCCGCAAUGCCCAGUACCGCGACCCGGAUCGUCUCCUCGCCCGGACUUUGCUCCAGCCCGCGCAGCGCGAGCUGUAAACGAGAGAUGUUGACGUAGGGACCGGCAUGCUUCUGCAGAUCCAGCAACGCGUCUCGAAGCUCAAUUCGCGGUUCCUUCGGUAUAUAUCUCACUCCACUGUCUGCAGCCGGUAUGCUAGAAACAUCAGAUUGCUGGCGAACUUGAAGCCCAUGCUGUGAGGGCUGCGCGGGCUGCGAUAGCCGGGUACGUCUGACGGGGGAUACGCGACGCAGAGAGCGCGAAAGGGAGCAGAAUAGACAUAUUUGUGAAUUCCGGGAAGUGGGUGAUAUUCGAGGCAAUCCAAUUGCCAGCCUCGAUAAUCGCGGAGGCAUUGUGAUCCUCGAGGAUGGAAGCUAAGG